ACCAUUUUUCGCUUGGCACGCGCGAGUUUAUCCCCUCUUAGAAAACGGCUUAAUUAAACAACAUAUUUGUUUAGUGAAAAAAAGAAAUAAACAAAAAAAAAAAAUAAAGUUUUAACAGAAAUUUUUCUAUUUUGUUACAAACUGCACUUCCAAAGAGGGGCAGUGUAAUUUAAACAGUUAUUAAGCUGCUGAUUAAAUUUUUUUUGAAAAACUAAAUUAAUUAACUAUGUAUGGACAAAAUAUAAGAAACGUUACUUAUGCACCCUAUGGUUAUAAUGGUUAUAGACAAAGGACACAGAUUUCACCUCAUCGUAUCCAGGUCCCUCAGCAAUGAAUCAUCGCGGUGGUCGUGGCGGUGGUUAUAAUGAUUUUUCAGGUGGUGGCAGUGCCAUGGGCUCAAUGUGCAACAUGGCACCGGCGAUUAGCACAAAUUCGGUGAAUAGCGGUGGCGGCGAUUGUGGUGAUACACAGGGCUGUAAUGGUACGAAUCUAAUUGUGAAUUAUUUGCCUCAAGAUAUGACAGAUCGUGAACUAUAUGCAUUAUUUAGGACGUGUGGUCCUAUCAAUACCUGUCGUAUCAUGAAAGACUAUAAGACUGGCUACAGUUUUGGUUAUGCUUUUGUUGAUUUUGCUUCCGAAAUUGAUGCCCAAAAUGCGAUCAAAUCAUUAAAUGGCGUAACAGUAAGGAAUAAACGUUUAAAGGUUUCAUAUGCCCGCCCGGGUGGUGAAUCAAUUAAGGAUACCAAUUUAUAUGUUACCAAUUUACCGCGUACAAUCACCGAUGAUGAGUUGGAAAAAAUUUUUGGUAAAUAUGGCAAUAUUGUACAAAAGAAUAUACUCAGAGAUAAAUUAACUGGUAAACCAAGAGGUGUAGCAUUUGUAAGAUUCAACAAACGCGAAGAAGCCCAAGAAGCCAUCUCUGCUUUAAAUAAUGUUAUACCUGAAGGUGCCUCACAACCUUUAACCGUACGAUUGGCCGAAGAACAUGGCAAAAUGAAAGCAAAUCAUUUUAUGAAUCAAUUGGGCAUGGGUCCACCUGCUGCUCCUAUACCUGCGGCUGGACCUGGUUACAAUAAUAUGGUGCAUAGAGCGUACAACUAUUCUGGACUUUUGGAUGGUUUUUAUCGGAAUAAAUCUUAUCAUUAUCCUUAUUUAUAAUUCAGCCAGACUUUAGUGUAAAUAAUUAAUUAAAUUUAAUAAUUAAUAAUUAAUUUAGAAAUGUGUAUAAUGUUAGGAGAGACAAAACAAAUAAUAAUUAUAAUAACAAUUAACAAUUAACAUUAAAAAAACAAAAAAGAAUUAUAAAAACAAACAAAAAUUAACUAAAUUAAUUUAAAAUUUGAAUUUAAAUAAUUUUUUUUAUUUAAUUUAAAUCUGUAUUUAAUUUGCUUUUUAAUAAGUGUAUUAAAUAUAUAAAAAACUAAAUAAUUUCUUUUCUUAUUUUAUAGUUUUGAGUUAAUGCAGGCAUUAUUUUCAAAAAUUAAAUCUUAAAAUACAUUGUAUAUUAUUUAAUGUUUUAUCUUUAAUUUAAGAAUUAUUAAAUAUAUAUUUUUUUGCCUUAAUUUUUAAUAAUAUUUCUUAUUUUUUUAUUCUUUUGCUUUUGUAAUUAUUCAUUAGUUAAGUGUUUAAUUUUGUUUUAAUAAAAGUAAAAACAAAGACUGGAAAUUUAUUUGAAGAAUGUAAUUAA